AGUGUCGCGCAGUGCGCAGGCGCGAAGCAUGGAGGAUAUUUGCGCGAAGUUCGUGUCUCAGAAGAUCAGCCGUUGCCGCUGGAGGCCCGUGUCCGCCCAGGCCCUGCAGCAGCCGGAGCUCUUCGCCACCGGCUCCUGGGACAACGAGGAAAACAAAGUAUGUCUCUGGGCGAUACAGGACACUGGAAGCUCUGGAAUGGAUGAACAAUAUGAGGGAGAUCCUCAGUUACUUUGUGAAAUAAAACAUGAUGGCGAUGUCAUGGACUUACAGUUUCUCGAUCAGGAGAGGAUUGUCACAGCUUCAUCAACAGGAAGUGUCAAUAUAUUCCGUCAUCACCAAAACAGCCAGACUCUAUCUGUUCAUCAUCACUGGGACCGUGCUCACUAUAAUUCCUGCGAUAAUGCUCCCUGUACGGGCCUAGUCUGCAAUGGUUCUGAAAUCAUCACUGUUGGAGAGGAUGGCCGGAUCAACCACUUUAGAGCUGACCAAAAGGAUCCAGUGCGAACCAUAGAUAAUGCAGACAGUAGUACUCUUCAUGCAGUGACUUUCCUACGAAUAAAUGAGAUUUUGACAGUAAAUUCCAUCGGACAGUUGAAAAUCUGGGACUUUCGACAACCAGGAAAUGAAGCUUCUCGCAUAUUUUCUUUGACGGGGGAUAGAGUGCCUCUGCACUGUGUGGACAGACAUCCCAACCAGCAGCACAUAGUGGCUACAGGUGGCCAGGAUGGUAUGCUGUGUAUCUGGGAUGUCAGACAAGGAAACAUGCCUGUCUCUUUGCUGGAGGCUCAUUUCACUGAAAUGUGGGAAGUUCAUUUUCAUCCCUCUAACCCGGACCACCUGUUCAGCUGCUCUGAAGAUGGAUCAGUUUGGCACUGGAACGCAUCAGCUACAACUACUGAAAUACCUUCUUUCCUACACCCAGGUGGAAGAAACACGAGCCUCAUGUCACGUGGUACUGCUGUCCACACCAACCUUAACCAAUCGCUCACAAGUACGUGGCUAACGAAUGAUCCGACAAAAGCACGACUGGAAAUUAAUAGCCUACUUCCAGAUCAGACAAUGUCUGUCAAUAGCUUAGAUGUUCUUGGGCAGUACUUAAUUUGUGGAACGGAUGGAGAGGCUGUCUAUGUUACCACUCAUUUACCAGUGUGAGGAGGUAAAACCCAGAGUACUGCUAGAUAAGUUAAAAUGUAAACAACUGUAAAUGUACCAUUUGUUAAAACCAAAAAAAUGCCAUAUAUUUGAGUGUUUACAGUGCACCACUGAUGCCAAGGAUUAUUGUGCAACUUUUUUUAAAAAAUAAAUGAACUUU